UGCCCAGCGUGAGGGCGUAUCCGCUCUGACAGAGGAGCAGCACCAGCAGGUUGCCCAGGAGACGCUCCUGGAGCUGGACUGGUGUCUGGAGCAGCUGGACACUCUGCAGGACACACCGCUCUGUCUCAGACAUGGCCUCCAACAAGUUCAAGCGGAUGCUGAACAGGGAGCUGUCUCACCUGUCAGAGACAAGUCGCUCUGGGAACCAGGUAUCAGAGUACAUCUCCAGCACCUUCCUGGACAAGCAGCACGAGGUGGACCUGACUCCGUCCCCCCUGAAAGAGCAGCCCAUGAGCUUGAUCCUGGGGGUGAGGAAGCUGGGGCUGCCUCACAGCUCCUCCCUCUCCAGUGCCUCACUGCCUCGCCUCGGGGUACCCUCCCCCCGGGAAGACGAGCUGGCCCAGGAGCUGGACGACCUGAACAAGUGGAGCUUCAACAUUUUCAGGGUGGCAGAGAUGUCCAUCAACAGACCUCUCAGCUGUGUCAUGUACGCUAUCUUCCAGGAGCGGCAGCUGUUGAAGACCUUCAGGAUUCCGGUCGACACCUUCAUGACCUAUGUGAUGACCUUGGAGGAUCAUUACCAUGGCAACGUGGCAUACCACAACAGCCUGCAUGCCGCCGACGUCACGCAGUCCGUCCACGUGCUGCUGUCCUCGCCCGCCCUCCACGGUGUGUUUACUGAUCUAGAGAUCCUGGCUGCUCUGUUUGCUGCUGCCAUCCAUGAUGUUGACCACCCUGGAGUCUCCAACCAGUUCCUCAUCAACACCAACUCCGAGCUGGCCCUCAUGUAUAACGACUCGUCGGUCCUGGAGAACCACCACCUGGCCGUGGGCUUCAAGCUGCUGCAGGAGCCCAGCUGUGACAUCUUCCAGAACCUUCCCAAGAAGCAGAGACAGUCCCUCCGCAAGCUGAUCAUCGACAUGGUCCUAGCUACUGACAUGUCCAAGCACAUGACCCUGCUGGCUGAUCUGAAGACCAUGGUGGAGACCAAGAAGGUGACCAGCUCAGGAGUUCUGCUGUUAGACCAGUACACCGAACACAUCCAGGUGUUGAGGAACAUGGUUCACUGUGCAGACCUCAGUAACCCCACAAAGCCCCUGGCUAUCUACCGCCUGUGGACAGAACGCAUCAUGGAGGAGUUCUUCAGGCAGGGGGACAAGGAGAGGGAGCAGGGGAUCGAGAUCAGCCCCAUGUGUGACAAACACACUGCUUCUGUGGAGAAGAGUCAGGUGGGGUUUAUAGACUACAUCGCCCACCCCCUGUGGGAGACGUGGGCAGACCUGGUGCACCCAGAUGCCCAGGAGCUCCUGGACACCCUGGAGGACAACAGGGAGUGGUACCUCAGCACCGUGCCCCAGUCGCCCUCUCCUCCCCCGGACAGACACCUCCAGCACAGGCCCCGCUUCCAGUUCAGCAUGGAGGACCUGGAGAACGGCCACAGCCACGCUUAUCACAACCAGAAUGGAGGGUUGAGGAGGGGGGAGGAGGUGGAGGAGGGAGAGGAGGCAGGAGGCACCAAGAUCAGGAGAACCACAAUGGAAAAUGUUAUUGUUGUGGAGCGGAGGUAG